ACUGUUUCCGGGUUGCUGAGGCCGCCCGCGGCGGCGCCGGUGUCUACAGUAGCUGGUGUCCAGUCUAUGGAGUCAGUUGGUGCCGGAGGUGGCGCGGAGGCAGGAGGCGUUGUCCGACUAGGGGCCUCUGCCCCGCCAGGAUGUUACCGGGCUUGGCCGCCGCCGCUGCGACCCAUAGAUGUAGCUGGUCCUCACUGUGCCGGCUCCGUCUGCGCUGCAGGGCGGCGGCCCACGGCUCCAGCGACCGCCAGGGAUGGCAGAAUUUGGUGACAUUUGGAAGCUUUUCAAACAUGGUUUCAUGUAGUCCUUCAUAUGUUUGUAUACUCAGUCAAGUAAAGUCGUAUUCCACGAAUAUUCAGAAAGAAGGACAAGGAUCACAGUCUCUCAGAGUGGAAAAAGUAUCAUCUCUUGAUGAAACAGCAGAAAAUAUAGGUGCAGAACUCAAAGCUCCACUUAAGCAAGACCCUCUCCAAGUAAGAGUUAAAGCAGUUCUUAAGAAAAGGGAGUAUGGAUCAAAGUACACUCAGAAUAAUUUCAUUACUGGAGUCAGAGCAAUGAAUGAGUUCUGCCUUAAAUCCAGUGAUCUAGACCAACUUCGAAAAAUUAGACGACGAAGUCCCCAUGAAGAUACUGAGUCCUUUACUGUAUACUUGAGAUCAGAUGUGGAAGCAAAAUCUUUAGAAGUCUGGGGAAGCCCUGAAGCUCUUGCCAGAGAAAAGAAACUGCGUAAGGAAGCAGAGAUAGAAUACAGAGAACGGCUGUUUAGAAAUCAAAAAAUAUUAAGAGAAUAUAGAGAUUUCUUGGGAAACACCAAGCCACGCUCCAGAGCCGCAUCAGUGUUCUUUAAAGGACCAGGAAAAGUGGUGAUGGUUGCCAUUUGCAUCAAUGGGUUAAACUGUUUCUUUAAAUUUCUUGCCUGGAUUUAUACGGGUUCAGCAAGUAUGUUCUCAGAAGCUAUACACUCACUGUCUGAUACUUGUAAUCAGGGUUUACUAGCAUUGGGCAUCAGUAAGUCUAUUCAAACACCAGAUCCUUCUCACCCUUAUGGAUUUUCAAAUAUGCGCUAUAUCUCUUCGCUAAUUAGUGGUGUUGGUAUUUUCAUGAUGGGUGCAGGACUAUCGUGGUACCAUGGAGUCAUGGGAUUGCUUCAUCCUCAACCAAUAGAAUCCCUUCUAUGGGCAUAUUGUAUUUUAGCAGGAUCAUUGGUAUCUGAAGGAGCCACACUUCUUGUUGCUAUAAAUGAACUUCGUAGGAGUGCUCGGGCCAAAGGAAUGUCAUUUUACAGAUACGUAAUGGAAAGUCGUGAUCCUAGUACAAAUGUGAUAUUAUUGGAAGAUACUGCAGCAGUAUUGGGAGUGAUAAUAGCAGCUUCUUGUAUGGGCCUUACUUCUAUAACAGGCAAUCCGCUGUAUGACAGCCUAGGUUCUCUUGGUGUGGGCACCUUAUUAGGUGUGGUAUCAGCUUUCCUCAUCUACACUAACACAGAAGCGCUCUUAGGGCGAUCCAUCCAGCCAGAGCAAGUCCAGCGGCUUACUGAACUCCUGGAGAAUGACCCAUCAGUAAGGGCAGUUCAUGAUGUUAAAGCCACAGAUCUGGGAUUAGGUAAAGUCAGAUUUAAGGCAGAAGUAGAUUUCGAUGGACGAGUUGUUACGAGAUCAUAUUUGGAGAAACAAGAUUUUGACCAAAUGCUACAGGAAAUUCAGGAAGUGAAAACUUCUGAAGAACUGGAGACCUUUAUGCUUAAACAUGGAGAAAAUAUUAUUGAUACUCUAGGAGCUGAAGUAGAUAGACUUGAGAAAGAACUGAAAAAACGAAAUCCUGAAGUUCGACAUGUAGAUUUGGAGAUACUGUAAAUGUGAUGGAAUGGAUCACCUUGGUGAAGCCCGUGGAAACAAGUUUAGUAAGCCACUCUGCGAAGCCCGUUUCCUCCUCUCCCACAUUGAAGGAGUUGGUGCCGUUCAGAAGCCAUUUUUUUGUGAGAUGGAGGAAAUGUUUUAUGUAAAGAUCAGUUCAGCAGGCCCCAGAAUGAAAUCGACUUCUUACAUCUAAGAGACUCACUACAAGUGGAAUCAAUUUGAAAAUCAUGUUUUUAUGCUUCCAUAGGGAACAUUUCAGUUACUUAAAUUGUGUAUAGUUUCUCAUGAUAGCUUGUCACUGUAUAUUGUACCUUGUAAUCAUGUCUCCUUUCUUCCCAUUGGUAAAAGAGUGGCGCCCAGGGGAUAAUUUUUAAUUUUGAUGCCACUGAAGAUUUCACUCCAUGAAUCUCAAAUAUUCGGAUUAAUUUUGGUAUGUGGUUUUUAAACAGUCACUCUUCUUCAAAGUCUGUCUUUCCUUAUGGAAUGUGGAAAUUAUUUCAGUGUAAUCUUGUGAUUUUGACCUGAGUACUAAAAGAACACUCUCCUACCCAGGUAUCCAUAAAUGUUAAUUCCAAAAAUGGCUCCGUUUACUGAAUUGAAUGAAGACAUUUCUGUACAUUAUUUCAGAUCAUAGGAGUUGCCGUUUUGUAAACUUUCUUUUUCUUCUUUCCUUUUUCCCCUUAUUUGGUUUAAUUUUUUUAAUGUUAGGAAAUAUAAAGUAAUCCUGGAUAUUUCCAUGGCCAGUGUGCUGCUUUUUUUUGUUUUCUAAACUGGCUCCAGUGCCAUGUUUAUUUACUGGGAGAUAAUACAUUUAUGACCACUUUAACAUUCUGUAAAAUGGACUAAAAAUAUUUAUAAUACAGACAGAAUAGCAGUUUUAAUUUAUUUUUUAAAAGGCACUACUUAUAUGAAUCUGAACUGCAGAAUAUUUCUUGCUUUAAGGGAGAGACCAGUAAAUCUCUUAUACUGAAACUUGUGGUCAGGAUUUGUGUAUUGUAGUCCAUAGUGUAUCUAUGAGUUUGCUGCAGUUACAAAUGGGCAUUUAGCAUAAUA